CCACAAGCGUAACCGCCCACCCUCCCAGUCCCCAGCUAGGCCGGCCUGUUACUUCCUUCCCCACGUCCUGUUUCACCCCAGCCUACCAGGCUCCCCCCGGCUGCCAGUAACCCCCCCGCUGAACCCUGCCACGCCGCCUCGCGCCCUGCUGGGGGCUGCCACAAGCACCAGGUUGAGGUGAUUAUUUUUUUUCUUGGGUGCCAAAAAGGUGCUCACGCACGCCGCUACAUCGCAUCAGAAGGCAAAGGCACGCUACGCUGCACAAAAGGGUGGGUACCACCAACGGUCGUCCAAUCCCUUGCCAGCCCUGGCGUCACUUUACUUCUAGACAACUACCUGCUCCUCUUUGGGACGGACACCGCGGGACCUGAGGAAACUAAACUCGUUUUGUGCCUCGUCUCUCUAUCUCUUUUUAUUUUAUCUUAUUUUAUUUGUUUUAUUCUCUCUCUUUUUUCGCUAUUCCUUGUUAGCUCUACCAUUCUUUUUUCUUUCUUUCCGGGACGACCUGACGUUAUUUGGUACCUUACUUGGGUUGCUGUCCUCAGCUUGUCUCCCUCCCCUUGUUGCGUGUAAUACCACUCAACACCCACACCCACCCCUGUCCACUACUCUUAAAAAGUCAUAAAGCAUCCCCUCUCUCCCUCCUCCCCUUCCUCUCCAAAUGUAUCUUUCCUCCAGGCGGAGAUCGGGUCAUGGACCAUCAGUGACCACAGAAGUCAAGAAACCCGUAUCCGUAUCCGAACACUCUCAGACCUCCUCCACUCGCUCCAAGCCACCACCAUCAUCAUCCUCGCGACCCAACAUGACGAGGCGAACAACAACCCAAUCAUCCCACAAGUCGGGGAGCAGGAGUUCAAGAGAUCGCGAGAGAGACUGGGAUAGAGAACAAGAACAUUGGUAUGAGGAGCAGAGGGAAAGCUUCCCUCAAUACUGCAUGAGUUGUGAAAAGCAAUUUGUACCACAGGACGAUCGGUUUUUAUACUGCUCAGAAACCUGUCGCGUGCACGACCAUAACUCGAGUGCAGUAACGCCAUCGUCACAGCAUUCUUCAUCGAGGGGGUCAUACGCCAGCCCCGUAUCGUAUACGUCGACAAACUAUCCGUAUUAUUCUGUUGAAUACUCGGAGUCGAGGGAUAUCAUUCCCCGAGCAUCACCAUCGAGGCCCAGCUCGAUGCACUACUCUCCACCGGCCACUUCGAGUAUGGCAUACCACGGCCCUACGCUGUCUGCCUUGAGGUCUCUGUCAAUUCAGGACGACAGCCCGCCAUCUCCCACAACCGCGAGCGUAUAUCACACCUACAACACGGCAGCCUCGGCCCGCGGUGCGCCAAGCCCCGCGACUUCAUACUCGAGCAGACCUAACCCCAAGAAGGGUUACUCGUCGACAUACGACAACAGCGCGUACUAUGCCGACUACAGCGAUGUGCCAUCACUUGAUAGGCCACUCCCCCGCCGGUCCACCACAUAUUCGCGCCCAAAAAGCAUUGAGCUCGUUACGCCCAUGGUCAGCCGCUAAAGGUCCUUUGCAAGCUGUAUUGUCUUGACGAUAAUACCGUUUCAAAUCUACGAACAAAAAUCAUCACGACUGUAGUGGGAAAGGCCAUUUUAGCACGAGGCUGAAUCGCUCCCACGACUCACGAGCACAUGAACGAUGCAACGUCUUGGAUGACCAUCAAGGCGACUUCAGGAUGGGCCUGUCGAGGCCGCUGUUUGACAACGCCGAGCGCUUGUCCGCGGCAUCUCAAUCACUUCAAGGACAGGACGUACCAAGUGCUGGGUGGUUGCCGAUGCCCCAAGUGGCGUAAAGGUGGACAGAGUGGGGGUGGCAUUCCUGGGGAGAAGCAUCCUUCUGGGUACCAUACCUCAGUCCCGCUAUGCAACCUCCCGUGCGGAGAUUUCAUUUCGGAGAAGCUGGGCUCGGCUGACUGGAGCGACCUUUGUUCCCCGCUUCCUCGAUUCCAAAAAUGCGACGAGAGACACAUGUCCUCUGUUACUAUCUUGAUCAUGGUGGCGAUCAAUCAUUGCAUGGCUGGAGCUUUGAAAGCAUGGGAUUUAGAAUGGGAGUUUUGGAAAGGGGAAAAAGAUUGCGAUCGAUUGGAAAGCUUAAUCUCAUCUGAUCAUUUUCUUCUGUGUUUUUUUUUUCUCUUAUCUCUAUUUUCUUUGUGGCGUUCUACUGGGUCUGCUGAUCUAACAAGUCAGACCCCAGCAUCAUGAUGUACUGAAGCAUUUCGCAUAAAGAGGCGUAGAAGGCAUUGCUUUUUACUCGGGGGUUUUUUUUCUGGGUUCUCCUCAUUUGUUACCAUGGUUGCUUGGCAAGUAUGGGAUUCCCUGUUACUAUAUGCAUACUACCUACCACCUUGGAGUCUGGGAAGCAUGGAUCACAAGUUGGAUUGUGAUUCCGGGAUAUUGUUUUGAUUUACCUUCACUCAUGGUCACGCGCGCGAGGUCCUGAUUAAAUAUGAAGAGCAUGCAACGAGUGAUCGUUGCCCCCUUAAAUCUAAUGUAUU